AUGGAAACGAGCAUUCUGGACGACAUGUCUGGCGUUGCAAACGCCUCCGCCAUUGGUGCUGUUCAAGGCGCCUCGUGUGCGGCAACCACAGCGGCAUGGGAAAUUAACGUACUCAACAUCGUGCUGCUGCUGCCGCCAGCGCCGGCAGCGCGGGUGCUGCUUGGCCGGGCAUUAGCGAUCUUCUCCUUCUGGUCUGCGGCCGCCCUGCGGCGGAUGGCGGUACGGGCACCACCGGGAGGUGUCGGCGACGAGGGACGGUUGACGCUAGCGCCAGUUGCGGCGGCCGGGGCGUUGGCCGGCGAGGAGGCUCUGGGGGAAGACUAG